CUAUUCGUCAUUCUCCUCUUUCUUCACCCUCCUCUUUCCCUAUCCUUUUCAUUUUGUGUGAUCAUUCAUAUCUCUUAUCCUGCUUCUCUUCUUCUCAUCCUAAAUACAAAUCAUGUCCGGAUACUUCUCUGUCAGCCAGGUGGCUUCUCAUAACUCUGAGAAUGAUUGCUGGAUCAUUGUCCACGAUAAAGUCUACGACGUUUCAAACUUCUUGAACGAGCAUCCUGGUGGCAAGAAAAUCAUCCUCAAGAAUGCUGGUACCGAUGCUACCAAGCAGUUCGAUGCCUUCCACAACCCAGGUGUCCUUGAAAAGUACGGCGCUUUGUGCAUUGGAGUUAUUGGCGAGCCACCCAAGGAUGGUGCUGUUGAGCCUUCUGGCGAGUCUCAUGCUAAUGUCGAGGACGACGAGUUCCAAUUCGGCGAGAUGAUUCCAUUUGGCGAUCCAUCAUGGUACCAACAAUGGGGUAGCCCUUACUACAAAGAGUCUCACCGUCGCCUGCGGAGAUAUGUCCGAAAGUUUGUUGACACAGACAUCAUGCCCUUCGCUCAUGAAUGGGACGAGGCCAAGCAAGUGCCAAUGUUCCUGUUUAAAAAGUGCGCCGAGAUGGGUAUCCUAGCUGCCGUUGCCGGAAAUGGUACAUUGCCCUUGGAGUACUUUGAUGUUGAGCAAACAACCUUGUUCCGCGGGGGAGAUAAGGCUAUCGUCCCAACUCAGGAAUUUGAUGCUUUCCAUGGAUUCAUUAUUUUUGAUGAGCUGUCUCGUUGCGGCUCUGGUGGUGUUCUCUGGGGCAUCCUCGGUGGUCUCGGCAUUGGUCUUCCCCCUAUCAUCAAGAACGGAAGCGAGGAGCUCAAGCGCCGUAUUGUUCCCGAAGUGUUGGCAGGUCGCAAGACCAUCUGCUUGGCUAUCACAGAGCCUGCUGCUGGAUCAGACGUUGCCAACUUGACCUGUGUUGCAAACGAACAUGGCGAUGGCUUCAUUGUCAACGGCGAGAAGAAGUGGAUCACGAACGGAACUUUCGCGGACUACUUCACUACAGCUGUCCGAACUGGCGGUGAGGGCAUGGGAGGAGUAUCUCUUCUUGUAAUUGAGCGCAGUAUGCCUGGUGUGAGCACACGUCAGAUGAAGUGCUCUGGUGUCUGGUCCUCCGGCACAGCCUACAUCAAUUUUGAAGACGUUAAGGUACCUCGUGCCAACAUUGUAGGCAAAGAAAACCGUGGCUUCAAGUACAUCAUGAACAACUUCAACCACGAGCGUAUGGGAAUUGUCAUUCAGGCCAACCGUUUGGCUCGUGUCUGCCUAGAGGAAGCCAUCAAGUAUGGAAGCAAACGCAAGACAUUCGGUGUCAAGUUGGUCAACCAUCCUGUAUUGCGUAAUAAGCUUGCACAUAUGGCUCGUCAGAUCGAAGCAACCCACGCAUGGACUGAGAACGUGAUCUAUCAGACAAUUACUAUGCCUGAGGAUUUGCAGAUGAUCAAGCUGGGAGGCCCCAUUGCUUUGCUCAAGGCUCAGGCAACUCAAACACUUGAAUACUGUGCUCGUGAGGCAUCCCAGAUCUUUGGAGGAUUGGCAUACACUCGUGGAGGACAAGGCGAGAAAGUGGAGCGUAUCUAUCGUGAAGUGCGCGCUUAUGCCAUUCCUGGAGGCUCUGAGGAGAUCAUGUUGGACUUGGGUAUGCGUCAAUCCAUGAAGGUCGCUACUUCGAUGUAUGGCGCCAAGUUGUAAAAAAAGGGGGAAUCGAUAGUAAAGAAGUAAUCGGUUGUAAAUACAUACAGACUCCAG